UACGCCACUGCUCCAGUCCUAUAAAUGACACGGUCACGCCACCACCGUUCCACCAAGACCCAAAGCUCAGUAGCUCACGGUCGCCAAGAUUCGGCAGAAAUAGGUGUGCCGAGAUGGCAGAGGGCAAUGCAGUUCCGGCCGCGCGCGGCCCGUCGUCCAGCUGCCGCGGCCGGCGGUGCGGGGGCGGUUGCGGGCUGGCGCUGGGGCGGCUGGUGCGGAAGCUGCGGCGGCAGAGCAAGAUGCUGUGCACGGCCACGCCGAGCGCGCGCCAUACCGCCGCGGCGGCGCGGUGCCAGUACGACCCGCUCAGCUACGCGCGCAACUUCGACUUCGGCACCGCGGUGGACGGCGACGGCUACUCCUUCGCCUCCCGGUUCGUGCUCGCCGCCUCGGCACGGCAGCCGCAAUAGAGGCGGCCAAAGGACAGAUGCCAGUCGAUGCACGGCCAGUUGUAGCUAGUGUUGCAAGUAGCUUAGCCAUUGGCAUUAGCAGCUACCAGCUCGAGUUAGGUGCAUCAUUUUUUUUAACUAUCCUGAAGCUGGAGGAUGUGUUUAUAUGAGGUGGAGUGAUGGUUGUAAGAAUUUCCCGGCGUCCUUGACUUCUUUCACUUUGUGGGGAGUCAGGAGGAACUAGCCACGAGGAAAUGCUCUAAGAUUAUCCCUAAACAUUUUCUUUUU